GAUAAUCUAACCUGAGAAUCUUAGAGGAAGAGGACAGAAAGUUGGAAUGGCUCUUUCCGAGGGACGGUUGACCUUCAGGGAUGUGGCCAUAGAAUUCUCUCAGGAGAAGUGGGAAUGCCUGGACCCAGCUCAGAGGGCCUUGUACAGCGAUGUAAUGUUGGAUAACUACAGGAACCUGCUUUCCGUGGGUGAGGAUAACUUCCCCUCUGAAGUUGGAAGCCUUUCUGCUGGAUUUGAAAUAAAGGAAUUAUUGCCAAGAGAGGACAUUAAUGAAGGAGAAUUCUACCAUCUACUGGUAUUGGAAAGAACUGAAAGCUGUGCCAUCAAGGAUUUUGACCUCAAAGAAGUCUUGGAAAAUAUACAUGAGUUUGGGAGUGUGUGGGGAUAUGAUGCCAGAAAUCACAAAGCAGUGCCGUUAAUCCAUAACGGAAAGCUCACUCGUAGAAUAGGUGAAUGUAAUAAAACCACAAAUAAUUUUCCUGAAAAGCAGAGUCUUUCUGUAGGAAAUAAUAUGUACCAGUAUUUCAUGCAUGAUGAGCCAUUGAUAGGAAAUUUGUUAAAACUGAAAAAUAACAUAAGUGAUGCUAGAAACAAGUAUGUAAUGUGUUUCGAAAAUAGAACUCAAUCAGGUUUGCAGGCACACUUGGCGGAAGUGCAGAGAUUUCAAACUGAGGAGAAAAUAUGUGAAUGCAAUCCAGUUGAGAAGUCUAUCAACCAUGAUUCUUCAGUUUCACCACUUCAACAAAUUCCUAAUGGUGUUAAAAAUAUUUGUAAUAAAUAUAGGAAGGUUUUUAAAUAUCUUUUGUUACUUACACAAUAUGGGCAAACACAUACUGGAGAAAAAUCUUACAAAUGUAAUAAAUGUGGGAAGGCUUUUAGCAAAAGCUCAUACCUCUCAAAACAUGAGAGAAUUCAUUCUGGACAGAGACCUUACAAAUGUAAUGAAUGCAACAAAGCCUUUGCUAGCCAUUCAAACCUUACUCAACAUAAGAGAAUCCAUACUGGAGAGAAACCUUACAAAUGUAAUGAAUGCAGCAAAGCCUUUGCUAAAUGCUCGGUUCUUACUCAACAUAAAAUACAUACUGGAGAGAAACCUUACAAACGUAAUGAAUGCAGCAAAGCUUUUGCUAGACAUUCAACCCUUACUCAGCAUAAGAGAAUCCAUACUGGAGAGAAACCUUACAAAUGUAAUGAAUGCAGCAAAGCUUUUGCUAGACAUUCAACCCUUACUCAGCAUAAGAGAAUCCAUACUGGAGAGAAACCUUACAAAUGUAAUCAAUGCAGCAAAGCUUUUGCUAGACAUUCAACCCUUACUCAGCAUAAGAGAAUCCAUACUGGAGAGAAUCCUUGCAAAUGUAAUGAGUGUGGCAAAGCUUUUACCCUUUAUGAUGGUCUUAAAGGACAUCAGAGAAUUCAUACUGGAGAACAACCUUACAAAUGUUAUGAAUGUGGCAAAGACUUUGCUGAUUGUUCAGGACUUACUAAGCAUAAGAGAAUCCAUAGUGGAGAGAAACUUUACAAGUGUAAUGAGUGUGGCAAGGUCUUUGGUGAAAAGUCAUAUCUUGCAAUUCAUCAGAGAAUGCAUACUGGAGAGAAACCUUACAAUUGUAAUGAAUGCAGCAAAGCCUUUGCUCGACAGUCAAAGCUUACUCGACAUAAAAGAAUCCAUACUGGAGACAAUCCUUACAAAUGUAAUGAAUACAGCAAGGCCUUUGCUAACAACUCAAGGCUUACUCAACAUAAAAGAAUUCAUACUGGAGAGAAACCUUGCAAAUGUCAUGAGUGUGGCAAGGUCUCUAGUCACAGGUCAAAUCUUGCAACUCAUCAGAGAAUUCAUACUGCAGAGAAACCUUACAAAUGUAAUGAAUGUGGCAAAGAAACUGAUUGUUCAGUACUUAGUAGGCAUAAGAAAAUCCAUACUAGAGAGAAAAUUUACAAAUGUAAUGAUUGUGACAAAUCUUUUACCCAAUUUUCAUGCCUUAAAAGACAUAAGAAAAUCCAUACUGGAGAGAAACCUUCCAAAUAUAAUGCAUCUGGGUCUGUUGGGCGUGAGGAGAAACACACAGGGAAACCUGAGGGGCGGAGGAGAGCGCCAGGCACCGCGCCCAGGCCCCGCCCCUACGUCGCCCGAGCCCUACCCUGCCUCUGUGCCCGCCCCGUCACGUCGGCCCCGCCCCGGUACGCACGCGCAUGCGCGGCUUCCUGCAGACGGAAGCGGAUCACGCGGAGCAACCGGCACGCUCGGAUGUCCCGAGUCCUGCUGCUCCGUGCGGUCCGGGAGCCGGCGUCCGUUUCCGGACGCUCUGAGGCAGGUCCCCGUCCGACCUUUCUGCCUUCGGUCCGCGUAGACACCGACCGCCCGCCUCGUCGUGUUCCUGCUCGGAGCCUUUCUCGGAUGCCCCACUUCCCUCCUCUCCCCUCGCCCCCCGCAACCGGGUGGUCAAGUCCUCACUCACGAGUUGGGAAUGUGAAAUGUAAUCUGGAAUUAGGACAGACCUUUUCUACUGCCCUCUCCAGGCCACCACUAACACCGGUUCUGCUCAUUGAAUUUAGACCUCUCCAGGGUAACUUGGGACAAUUAACUUUCAGGGAUGUGGCCAUAGAAUUCUCUCGGGAGGAGUGGGAAUGCCUGGACCCUGCUCAGAGGGCCUUGUACAGGGACGUGAUGUUGGAGAACUACAGGAACCUGCUCUCCGUGGGUGAGGAUAACUUCCCUUCUGAACUCUUUUUUGCUGAGGAAGAUUGGCUCUGGGCUAACAUCCGUGCCCAUCUUCCUCUACUUUAUAUGGGACACCACCACAGCAUGGCUUGUCAAGCGUUGCGUCGGUACGUGCCUGGGAUCCGAACCUGCAAACCCCAGGCAGCAAAAGCAGAGCCCGUGCACUUCACCACUGCACCACCAGGAGCUCUUCCUGCUGAAUUUGCAAUAAAGGAAUUAUCACCGAGAGAGGACAUUAAUGAAGGAGACUUCCACCAUCUACUGAUAUUGGAAAGAACUGAAAGCCGUGGCAUCAAGGAUUUUGACCUCAAAGAAGUCUUGGAAAAUAUGCAUGAGUUUGGGAGUGUGUGGGGAUAUGAUGCCAGAAAUCAAAAAGGACUUCCGUUAAUCCAUAAUGGAAAGCUCACUUGUAGGAUAGAUGAAGGUAAUAAGUCCACAGAUAAUUUUCCUCGAAAGCAGAGUCUUUCUGUAAGAAAUAAUAUGUACCAAUAUUCCAUGCACAAUGAGCUAUUUAUAGGCGAUUUCUUAAAACUGAAAAAUAACGUAAGUGAUGCUAGAAAUGAGUAUAUAAUGUGUUUGGAAAACAGAACUCAAUCAGGUUUGCAGGCACACCUGGCUGAACUGCAGAGAUUUCAAACUGAGGAGAAAAUUUGUGAAUGCAGUCAAGUUGAGAAGUCUAUCAACCAUGGUUCCUCAGUCUCACAACCUCAACAAAUUCCUCCCAGUGUUAAAAAUAUUAGUAAUAAAUGUAGGAAGGUGUUUAAAUAUCUUUUGUUACCUGCACAAUAUGGGCAAACACAUACUAGAGAAAAGUCUUACACAUGUAAUAACUGUGGGAAGGCUUUUAGCAAAACCUCAGACUUUUCAAAACAUGAAAGAAUUCAGUCUGGACAGCCACCUUACAAGUGCAAUGAGUGUUGCAAAGCUUUUAAUAAGUGCUUGAACCUUCCUAGACAUCAGAAAAUCCAUACAGGAGAGAAAUCAUAUGAAUGUGAUGUAGAUGGCAAAAUCCUUCAUCAAAAUUCAAACCUUAGGAGUCAUCAGAGAAUGGAUACUGGAGAGAAACCUUACAAAUGUAAUGAAUGCAGCAAAGUCUUUGCUCUAUACUCAAGUCUUACUCGACAUAAGAGAAUACAUACUGGAGAGAAACCUUACAAAUGUAAUGAAUGCAGCAAAGCCUUUGUUAGACAUUCAACCCUUACUCAACAUAACAGAAUUCAUACUGGAGAGAAACCUUACAAAUGUAAUGAAUGCAGCAAAGCCUUUGCUCGACACUCAACGCUCACUCAACAUAAGAGAAUCCAUACUGGAGAGAAACCUUACAACUGUAAUGAGUGUGGCAAAGCUUUUACCUUUUAUGAAGGCCUUAAAAUACAUCAGAGAAUUCAUGCUGGAGAGAAACCUUACAAAUGUAAUGAGUGUGGCAAAGUCUGUACUCACAAGUCAAAUCUUGUAACUCAUCAGAGAAUUCAUACUGGAGAGAAACCUUACAAAUGUGAUGAAUGCAACAAAGCCUUUGCUCAUGGUUCAAUGCUUACUCAACAUAAAAGAAUCCAUACUGGAGAGAAACCUUACAAAUGUAAUGAAUGCAGCAAAGCCUUUGCUGAACGCUCAAAGCUUACUCAACAUAAGAGAAUCCAUACUGGAGAGAAACCUUACAAAUGUAAUGAGUGUGGCAGGGUCUAUAGUCAAAAGUCAAAUCUUGCAACUCAUCAGAGAAUUCAUACUGGAGAGAAACCUUACAAAUGUGAUGAAUGCAGCAAAGCCUUUCGUCAACAUUCAAUGCUUACUCAACAUAGGAGAAUCCAUACUGGAGAGAAACCUUACAACUGUAAUGAGUGUGGCAAAGUUUUUACCUUUUAUGAAGGCCUUAAAAUACAUCAGAGAAUUCAUACUGGAGAGAAACCUUACAAAUGCGAUGAAUGCAGCAAAGCCUUUGCUCGACGCUCAAUGCUUACUGUACAUAAAAGAAUCCAUUCUGGAGAGAAACCUUACAAAUGUAAUGUGUGUGGCAAAGAUUUUGCUGAUUGUUCAGGACUUAAUAGGCAUAAGAGAAUCCAUACGGGAGAGAAACCUUACAACUGUAAUGAGUGUGGCAAAGUUUUUACCUUUUACGAAGGCCUUAAAAUACAUCAGAGAAUUCAUACUGGAGAGAAACCUUACAAAUGCGAUGAAUGCAGCAAAGCCUUUGCUCAACGCUCAGUGCUUACUCUACAUAAAAGAAUCCAUAGUGGAGAGAAACCUUACAAAUGUAAUGUAUGUGGCAAAGUCUUCGCUGAUGGUUCAGGACUUACUAGGCAUAAGAGAAUCCAUACUGGAGAGAAAAUUUAGAAAUGUAAUGAUCGUGGUAAAUCUUUUACCCAAUUUCCAUGCCUUAAAAGACAUAAGAAAAUCCAUACUGGAGAGAAACCUUAUAAUAUAAUGAAUAUGGCUAGGUUUCUGGUCAAAAGCCAAACCUUACAAUUCAUCACAGAAUUCGUACUAGAGAGAAACCUUACAAUAGUAGUGAAUGCAGGAAAGCCUUUGCUGAGCAUUCAAGCCUUACUCAGCAUAAGAAAAUCCAUACUGGAGAGAAUCCGUACAAAUGUACCUAAUGUGGCAAAUCUUUUACCCCAUUUUCAUGCCCUAUUCAGCAUUAAAGAAUCCGUUGUAGAAAGAACUCUUACAAGAUGUAAUUAGUAUGGCAGAGCUUUACCCAAUUUGGAAGUCUUUAUGGGCAACAGAAAAAUGCAUACUGAAAAGCAAUAUAAACCUAAA